GGGGAGUUGAGUUCGUUUGGAUCUGGUUUUACAUGAAAAGUGAAACCACGGGAAACGAGUCGUACAGAGAGAGAGAAGAUCGUAGAAGAAGAAGAAGAAGAAGAAUCUUCCGAUCACUCUUCCUCCGACAAUAGUCUUUGCCUUUAUGAUUGGAAUCGUGCUUCCCGAGCUUCAUAGUGUCUUCACGAUUCAUUCAAAGUAGUGAGUUUGUUUGAGUGGGAGAAAACGAUGUGGACCAAUGUUUUCAGAAUUGGGGGUCUACAUAAUGUUUCUUGGUUUCAGUUUCUUCCUAGUGAAGCUGAGCUUAAUCCUAGCAGAGGUGAGCAGAAUGAUGUAGCGACAUAUCUUGUGCUUUCAUCUCAUCUUCGGUUGCACAAGGAAGGCUUUCUUACCACAUGGACCAAUUCUUUUGUUGGACCUUGGGAUCCUUCUCAAGGUUUAUACAACCCUGAUGAAAAGAUCAAGCUUUGGCUUUUUCUUCCUGGACGGCAUUCCUCAAUCACUGAUAAAGCCCAGUCUGCUGUCUCAAAACUUAGAGUUGUUGCGUCAGGAAUCUGGGUAGCACCUGGGGACUCUGAGGAGAUAUCAGUUGCCUUUUCACAGUCUUUACGUAAUUGCAUUGAAAGAGCGUUAAGUGGACUUUCCUACAUGAGAUUUGGAGACGUGUUUUCAAAAGUCAGCCCUCAAAGUGAAGAAUAUUUGAGGAGGGGCCGGCUUACUGUUGAAUUCGUAUUCGCUGCCACUGAAGAGGCGGUUUUUGUCCAUGUCAUAGUUUCUGCCAAGAAUGUUCGGACACUUUCAAGUGGCGAUACUGAGAGUCUGUCAAGGAGUUCUUUAAAAAACUCCAGUUAUAGGCUUCCAGUGAUUGUUUCUCCUCAUGGAAUGCGGGGCAGCCUCACUGGAUUCUCUCCCAGUGACCUUGUCAAGCAAGUCUACUUCAGUUCUGGAAACUUAAGGUCUUCAAGUGGAUAUAUUGGUCUCCCUCCUCAUGCUGGUAGUGGGUCGCGUCUGAUAAACGGCGACCACUGUUACGUGGAAGUUACACUUGGUUGCUGCCAAAAUAUAAAUGACAACACAAGUCAAACGAAUUCAACCUUUGCGGUCAAUUUGCCCUACAAUCAGUGUCCUGAACCAUCAGUUGGGAGUAAAGAUCACCGGAAAGGACACCCAGAUAUAUCAUCCAUGUGUGAAAAAAAGUUCAUAUAUCCAGCUGAGGCAGUACUUGUGCCAAUAUUACAGUCGGCAUUUGCUAAAUUUUCUUUGAAAAGAUUUUGGCUUCAAAACUGGAUAGGACCAUCUCUGGCAGGCUCAUCGUUAUUUAUGCACUGGGCUGGUGAUUUUGACUUCUUCGGAGCGUCUGGAACUAAGAGUGAUGGGUUCUAUGAAAAAAAUGGCUAUAAUAGCAGUGGCAGUAGCGGUAAUAGCAGCAUUAGUUCAACAAGUAGUGCUUCUAGCGGCAGUGGUUGGAGAAUGACUUCAAGAACUGGUGACCUUGAUGCGGAUGCAGAUUCUUUGACUUGUAAUGAUGAUCACCCAAACAUGGGUUCCAAGCGGCCGCGAACAGGGAUGGCAGAGUCAUUCGGUCAAGUAGGCACUGCGAAUGAUCAAUUUGGUUGGGAUUGGGAUGAUGAGGAUGAUGAUGAUAGAGGAGUUGGCAUGGAUAUCCAAGCACUUCUUUCAGAGUUUGGAGACUUUGGUGACUUCUUUGAGAACGAUGCGUUACCUUUUGGGGAGCCGCCCGGAACAGCAGAGUCGCAUUCCCUCAUACUUCCUUCAGAAUCUGCUGAUGUAGGUUCUAGUCCAAUGGAAAUGAUGGAUGUAUCAGACCAGAUAGUGUUACCCGUUGGGUUUUCGUCUUUUGAGAGCUUUAAUCAUGCUCCCCCUAUCAUUGAUGAAAGCCUUAUCAAAAGUCAAGAAGUCCUCAACAACAGUGUCAUUUCAGCUCCUUCAAAUCAAAUGUCAAGCUCUUCCAAUAGUGAGUUCGAUCAUUUGAUGAAAGCAGAAGCUAUGAUGACCUUUGCUCCUGAGUAUGGAGCUGUUGAAGCACCUAUUAGCGAGAUUUCCUCGACGUCUUUCAAAAGCCCAUAUCUUCCCAAGUCUUUUGAGAGCUUUAAAGCGGAGAGUUCAAAUUCAAGAACCAGUAACUAUGUUUAUGGACCCACACCACCUGCCACUGAUUCUGAUGGAGCAGUCGAUAAGAUUUUGCUUGGAUCAAAAGCAUACAUUGGUAAAAAUGAUGGGAGAACUUUGUACACUAAGGUAGAGGGCAGAAAGGACCAAUAUGAUAAGCUACCUACUUUAAUUAGUGAUAACAACAGUAAAAAGGAGGGUGUUUCUCAGUUAAAAUACUCAAACUACAAUGCUGCUAGUACUGUUAAGACCGUGCAGGGGAAAAAGACUGACGGUAUAUCUGCUGUUGUUAGUACUUUAUUAUCUUCAAAGACCUUACUGGCAACAGACGUGGGAAGCGUUAUGUUCCAAGCCUUCAUGUAUAGGAUGCGGCACAAAGCUUUUUCUUCGAAGCACAGUUCACCUGUUAGCCUGAGUAGGCUUAGUGGAAACUUCUUCCUGAACCAGGUGCCAAAUGAGCCUAGUAGUCUGACGGACAACGUAUCUGCAAGGAACGAAAUAUAUAAGAAAGAAGUACCUACUAGAAUAGCUGGAGAUUUCGAUGGAGGAAUGUUAGAUAGCCACAUGAGUGCACCAGUUGGCGUGUGGCGGACUGUUUCAGUCCCAAAAACAGCAAAACCUGCUAGUUCGCCAAAUAUUGAAGCAGGCUCAUCCUUGCCUCAUAGUUCAUUUAGCGAAAACAGCUUACUUUCUUAUGGACAAAGGCAGCCAUUGCAGGAGCUUCUAGAUGGAAUAGCGCUACUUGUACAGCAAGCUACUUCUUUCGUUGAUUUAGCUCUGGAUUCAGAUUGUGGGGAUGGACCUUAUGGUUGGCUUGCACUGGAAGAGUUGUGGAGACGGGAAUUGUCGUGUGGACCCUCUGCUGGCCAUGCAGGUUGUGGGGGAACUUUGGCGUCCUGCCAUUCUCUGGACAUUGCUGGUGUCAAGCUAGUUGACCCACUCUCUGCUGAGGUUUUUCCUUCCUCUGUAAUUACACUACUGCAAUCUGACAUCAAGACAGCUCUGAAAUCCGCAUUUGGUCAGUCAGACGGCCCGUUAUAUGUCACAGAUUGGUGCAAGGGCCGAAAUCAAUCAAUGGAUGGAGUAUCUAUUUCCGAGGGAUCUACUGCUGAGUCAGUCCUGAGUGAAGUGUCAAAUGCAAUAGAUGGUGGGAAAGGAGAGGAGUCCGCUCAGAGCCAAGAUAUAUACAGUUCAGAGUUACUCCGACCAACACUUUUUGUUCUUCCAUCACCCUCUAUACUUGUUGGGUACCAAGAUGACUGGCUUAAGGUUUCAACCAACUCCUUGCCACAUUGGGAAAAGGCCCCUUUCGAGCCAUAUGCUCUGCCGAAAAAUAUGAACUAUACUGUUGUAUGCCCGGAUAUAGAUCCUUUAACCAGUGCUGCUGCGGAUUUCUUCCAACAACUUGGAACUGUUUAUGAGACGUGCAGACUGGGAACCCAUUUGCCACAGAUCCUGGGAAAUCAAAUGGAAAGUGACGCUGGAAGAUUAUCCUCAUCAGGAUUUGUUCUGCUUGACUGCCCUCAGUCGAUGAAGAUUGAAAGCAAUAACACAUCGCUUCUGGGAUCUCUCAGUGAUUAUUUUCUGUCUUUGUCGAAUGGGUGGAACGUGAGUAGCUAUCUGAAGUCUUUAUCAAAAGCGCUGAAAGGUCUUAAGCUUGGGUCUUGUCUUUACACAAACCAGAAAGAAGGAUCAGCUAGUCCAUGCAUGGUAGUGUACAUAGUGUGUCCAUUUCCCGACCCUUCGGCAGUUUUAAGGACAGUCGUUGAAUCGUCUAUUGCACUUGGAUCAGGGAUACAGCCAGAUAGAGACAGGAGAUCGUUACUUAAUAGUCAGGUUACAAGGGCGUUUGGUAGUUCUGCUGCUGUAGACGAAGCAUCAAUAUCUCACAUUCCAGUGCUUUCCGGGUUUAGUGUCCCCAAGCUAGUUCUACAAGUAGUAUCUGUUGAUUCUAUUUUCCGGAUAACAAGCCCAAGCUUUAAUGAGCUCGUCAUCCUCAAGGAUACUGCUUUUUCUGUCUACAAUAAAGCUCGGAGAAUUUCUCGAGGCAUGCCUAGUGAUGCAUUUCUCUCAUCAUCAUUAUCCAACAGAUCCUCUUCAGCCUUGGCAUCAGUGAACUCUAUGUCAGGAAUCUGGAAAGACUGCGUCAGUUCGCGAAUGACAGGUUCUACACAUCCAAGAGAUGGUGAACUUGAUGGUAGCAUUAGAACGAGUAGUUGGGAUAGUAGCUGGCAAAUAACAAGGUCUGGAGGAUUAAGCUGCGACUCAAACAGAAAUGGAGAUUUUUACAUUAAUGACGAAAUUUUCUAUCUAUUUGAACCGCUUUUCAUCCUUUCUGAGCCUGGUUCCGUGGAUCGUGGAGUUUCACCUACUUUCCGCGGCUUAGGAACCGAGUCUUCAAAGCCAAUACCUGAAGAUGGUGGGAGAGGUUCAAUGGAAGGUAUAACAUCAGGAUCUAGCUCCCAGGGGGAUGCAUCCCAGGUUGAAGGAAAGGCUAUUCCAAGUUUACAUUGCUGCUACGGUUGGACAGAGGACUGGAGAUGGCUUGUAAGCAUCUGGACGGACGCCAGGGGUGAAUUGCUUGACACACAUAUAUUCCCCUUUGGUGGAAUUAGCAGUAGACAGGAUACGAAAGGGCUGCAGUGUCUUUUUGUUCAAGUUCUGCAGCAGGGAUGUCAAAUACUACAGGCAUGUUCCUCCCCUGACAAUGGAUCUUUCAAACCCAGGGAUUUUGUCAUUACACGCAUUGGGAGUUUCUUUGAGCUUGAGUACCAAGAGUGGCAAAAGGCAAUUUACUCAUCUGGAGGUCCUGAGAUUAAGAAGUGGCCUAUUCAACUUCGACGUUCUGCACCUUCUGGCGUAGCCACCAGUAGCAAUGGAUCUUCCUUGCAACAGCAUGAUCUGAGUUUGAUUCAAGAGAGAGCCUCGUCAGCUAGCACACUCUACGGCUCCCACUCAAAACCAUCCACCUUUGUGAAAGGCGGUAUGGGGCACUCUGCUGGAAGAAAGCAAACAAUGGGUGGACAAACCAUUUCUGGUACUCCAAGGGGUUUGUUUCAGUGGGUUCACAGCAUCAGUUUUGCUUCCGUUUCACUUGAUCGUUCUCUGCAUUUUGUUCUUCCGGCUGAGUUGGUAUCUCCUGGAGGUGGCCAGAGCAGUACUGGUAUGAGUUCAGCAAAUUACAUUGAAGGUUUCACUCCUGUCAAGUCUCUUGGGUCAACGGCUUUCUCUUACAUGAUGAUACCAUCACCCAACAUGCGCUUUCUUCACCCAAGUCCUCUUCAGCUUCCUACAUGUUUAACUGCCGAAUCACCUCCACUUGCUCACCUUCUUCACAGCAAAGGCUGUGCAAUCCCCUUGUCUACCGGAUUUGUUGUUUCGAAAGCAGUGCCUUCCAUGAGAAAAGACUCGAGAAUAAACAUGAAAGAAGAAUGGCCAUCAGUUCUCUCUGUAAGUCUCAUAGACUAUUAUGGUGGUUAUGACAACGCUCAUGACAAAGUUCUUCAAGGAAUCAUGAAGCAAGGCGGUGGAGGGACCAAAGAAACUAGAGAUUUUGAGGUUGAAAGCCAUCUUAUCCUCGAGUCAGUUGCAGCAGAACUCCAUGCGCUGUCUUGGAUGACUGUUAGUCCAGCAUAUCUGGAUAGGCGGACUGCAUUGCCAUCUCACUGUGAUGUGGUUCUCAGACUGUGUCGUCUGCUUCAUUUUGCGGAUAAAGAACGCACCAGGCUACCAGAUAAGUCCGGAGUUUAAAACAAUGCAGGAGUACUUAAGUUCAUUGUCUGUCAAGACACUUAGGUUUAUCGGGCUAGUUCACCAGUGCUAUACAUUAUAAAGUAGGAAGAAGUGGUGUAGAUCUACUAGAUGUAGUCCAGGUUUUUUAUUCGGGGCUUAUGAAACCUGUAAAAAAAAUAUUAGCAUUUACGGCUUGCUCUACUUGUUAUGAUUUACUUUUAGGUGCAUAGGUUAGUUUCCUUAUAGCCCCUUGUAUUUGUAAUUUAAUCAUUCCUCUGUAAAGUCGACACAAUAUUAUUAAUAUUGGUUUCUCAGGAAAAUCUUGUGUUCUCUUGAAGAAAUAUUACUA